AUGUCGAUCCUCCAGCAUACUUCAAGCUACUACAAGUUAAGCAAGCAGUAUCACCCGGACGUUAACAAGGAACCCGGGGCGAAGGAGAAGUUUCACGCGGUGAGCCAAGCGUACGACGUGCUCGGAGAUGAUCGCAAACGACGAGCAUACGACCGCUCAAUGACACAAUCCACAAGCGGACCCUCACGUACCUACGCCUCCGGAUACGACUCGCCCUACUCACACUGGUCAUACGACGUCCGGCGGCGGCGAGGCGCGACGCACGCCUGGGAGCAUCAAUACUCACACCGUCCGCCGCCCGGGCCCAGUGGGCACACCCGCCCACCGCCCGGGCGACACUACGAGCGGCCACAGGGCGCCGACCCGUUCGCCAGUGCGAACGUCCGGCGCGCGACGGGGAUGGGGCACGCACGGGCGACGGGCGCGGAGGCGCGAGAGGAGGCGCGGGCGCGCGAGCAGAAUCGGGUGCAUAGCGAGAGUGGGUUUUGGCGUAUCGUGCAAGUUGUGGGGGUGGUAAUGGUCGUCGCGACGGAUGUAGACACCGCGAAACUUCUGCAGUGUACGAUAGACCAGCCACACAUCACGACUGUAGAGGUGCACGCAUUACCACUCAUGUCAGUGAAAGCCCAGCAGCAGCACUCCUGA